GGCAGCAACCCGCAGGGCUGUGGCUGAUCAACUCCUGCUAGCGUGGAGAGAUCAGCCAGAGGACCCUUCUCCCUUUCUUCCGUGUGGCGGUCACUGAGGGACAACAGCUCGCAGUGUUGCUGGUAUUGGAUGCUAUGGGAUCAUUUGGAAGAACAUGGUGAGGCCCAACGAGAGUUCUCACCAAUUUGGCAAGCAUUGGGGCCUGAGAGAAACGAGAACUUCAGCCCGACAGAUUCAGAUGGGCCCCGGUGUGGUGGUUCCUUCCUUCGCUAGGAACUGAUGCCCCAGAACCUUCAGGAGACGAGCCAGGCCUAUCCCCGACAUCGACCUGGUAGCCACGCAGGCCCUAAAAGUCUCAAAGUUACCCCACGAGCAACCAUGUACACUUUCCUGCCUGACAAUUUUUCACCUGCCAAACCCAAGCCCACUAAAGAGCUGAGACCUCUGCUGUGCUCCGCAGUACUGGGACUGCUGCUGGUGCUCGCCGCAGUUGUGGCCUGGUGCUACUACAGCGCCUCGCUACGCAAAGCUGAACGCCUGCGCGCGGAGCUGCUGGACCUGAACCGUGGCGGCUUCUCCAUCCGUAACCAGAAGGGUGAGCAAGUCUUCCGCCUGGCCUUCCGUUCCGGUGCUCUAGAUCUUGACUCCUGCAGCCGGGAUGGUGCGCUGCUUGGCUGCUCCCGAGCGGCCGACGGACGCCCGUUGCACUUCUUUAUUCAGACAGUACGACCUAAGGACACUGUAAUGUGCUACCGCGUGCGCUGGGAGGAAGUUGUGCCAGGGCGUGCUGUGGAGCACGCGAUGUUUCUGGGAGAUGCUGCGGCGCACUGGUAUGGCGGCGCAGAGAUGAGGACGCAACACUGGCCCAUCCGCCUAGAUGGCCAGCAAGAACCGCAGCCAUUUGUCACGAGCGACGUCUACUCGUCUGACGCCGCAUUCGGGGGCAUCCUUGAGCGCUACUGGUUAUCUUCACGCGCGGCUGCCAUCAAAGUCAAUGAUUCAGUGCCCUUCCACCUGGGCUGGAACAGCACGGAGCGUUCGAUGAGACUGCAGGCACGCUACCACGACACAUCUUACAAGCCACCAGCUGGCCGUACUGCCGCGCCAGAGCUCAGCUACCGCGUGUGCGUGGGCUCAGACGUCACCUCCAUCCACAAGUACAUGGUUCGACGUUACUUCAACAAGCCAUCCAGGGUACCAGCGUCAGAGGCCUUCCGAGACCCCAUUUGGUCCACGUGGGCACUGUAUGGGCGCGCUGUGGACCAGAACAAGGUGCUGCAAUUCGCCCAGCAGAUCCGCCAGUACCGCUUCAACAGCAGCCACCUGGAAAUCGAUGACAUGUACACGCCCGCCUAUGGCGACUUUAAUUUCGACGAGGGCAAGUUUCCCAAUGCCAGUGACAUGUUCCGCCGCCUGCGAGAUGCCGGCUUCCGCGUCACACUUUGGGUGCAUCCGUUUGUCAACUAUAACUCGUCCAGAUUCGGCGAAGGUGUGGAGCGCGAGCUGUUCGUGCGCGAGCCCACGGGCCGGCUGCCCGCGCUGGUGCGCUGGUGGAACGGCAUUGGCGCAGUGCUGGACUUCACGCACCCAGAGGCCCGAGAGUGGUUUCAGGGACACCUACGGCGCCUGCGCUUGCGCUACAACGUGACCUCCUUUAAGUUCGACGCGGGUGAGGUCAGCUACCUGCCCCGGGACUUCAGCACCUACAGGCCUCUGUCUGACCCCAGUGUGUGGAGCAGGCGGUACACCGAGAUGGCGGAGCCCUUCUUCUCGCUAGCCGAGGUCCGCGUGGGGUACCAGUCACAGAACAUCUCCUGCUUCUUCCGUCUAGUGGACCGCGACUCGGUAUGGGGCUACGACCUGGGGCUGCGCUCUCUUAUCCCUGCGGUGCUCACCGUCAGUAUGCUGGGCUAUCCGUUCAUCUUGCCCGAUAUGAUAGGUGGCAACGCGGUGCCGGAGCGCACAGCCGGCCGCCAAGAUGGGCCGGGGCCAGAGCGCGAGCUCUACGUGCGCUGGCUGGAGGUGGCCGCCUUCAUGCCUGCCAUGCAGUUUUCAAUCCCUCCUUGGCAGUACGACGCAGAAGUGGUAGCCAUCGCACACAAAUUCGCUGCUCUGCGCGCCUCCCUCGUGGCGCCACUGUUGCUCGAGCUUGCUGGUGAGAUUACGGACACUGGCGACCCCAUCGUGCGCCCCCUGUGGUGGAUCGCACCGGGGGAUGAAACGGCUCAUCGCAUUGACUCACAGUUUCUCAUCGGGGACACGCUGUUGGUGGCGCCCGUACUAGAGCCUGGCAAGCAAGAGCGUGAUGUCUACCUGCCUGCCGGCAAAUGGCGAAGCUACAAGGGUGAGCUUUUUGACAAGACGCCGGUGCUGCUCACGGAUUACCCUGUCGACUUGGAUGAGGUCGCCUAUUUCACCUGGGCUUCCUGACCCAGCUCAGAACCUAGGAAUCCCACAGCCCUAACCCCAGCCUUCAUACAGACUUUUAAUCCUCUCCCACAUGCGAAUGGUGAACCCUCAGGAAGACCCACCUCUAUACCAUCUAGGAAGUGAGCACUGACUUUAAAGCGCUCCAGCCAACAGCUGUAAGUGAGACCCGGGAGGGGAGGAACUGCACCAGCGCACAAUCCUAAGAGCCCCGGCUCCUUGCCCAUUCACUUCAGUCUGCAGAAAGCCUCUGCCCUGGGUUGUCAGCCAGAGAAAGGAGAGGUCAAAGGUCUGUUCUUUCUGUUACACAGGGUCUGGUUUUAAAAGUAGAGGGAAACCUCUUCUCCCCUGGUCUUUGUAGCCAUCUUUGUCCUCUGAAAUGAGGAACCAAUCCUCUUAAAAGUUCCCAGAUAGUUUUCUACCAUAUUUAGAAAGUGUACCUUUAGCCCAGAAGUGGUGGCACACGCCUUUAAUUCCAGCACUCAGGAGGCAGAGGCAGGUGGAUCUUCGAGAUCAAGGCCAGCCUGGUCUACAGAGUGAGUUCCAGGACAGCAGAGAAACCCUUCGCUCUACAAAAACGAAGGAAGGAAGGAAGGAAGGAAGAAAAAAAAAGGAAGAAGACAAAGUGUACCUCCUUGAUGACAGCAGCUAGGCCAUGAGUUCCCAACACACAGUGAUUGACCUUGUCCCACUCCAUUGGGGAAGAAAAGAUACAGAUGUUUGGUUUGGCCAGCUGACAAGGAAGCAGUCCAUAGGAGAGUUGGGCUCAGCCUGAACUAGUUGUCUGUGAAAAGACUCCUAACGUUGCGUUAACAUAUUUGUAUAUAUACUGGUCUCAACUUUGGAUCUAGACCUGGGGCCAGAUGUGUCUAGUGGAUAGACUUGCAGGGCCAUGCAGGCCGGACUCGUUGCCUUAAUUCAAGAACCUGUGUCUAUGUGUAUGUACCCAUACUUCUGUCAGAGAGGGAGAGAGACAGAGAGAGAGAGAGAAAGAGACCCACCAUGGGUCUUUGAUGCUAGAUAAGCCUAGAGGGAAGAUAUAGGGGCAGGAUCAAGGCUUUGUUUGAUCAUUGACCUAGCCCCUCCCCCCUCAGGUAGAUUCCCUAGGACAAUGCCAAACCCAGUUUAAGAGAGUCGGGCUGAGGAACUGACUCGGGGAAAGCAAGCCCAAGUUCAACCUAACUCCUGCUAUAAAUGGAGAGAACUGUAGCAAAUGAACAGCCCUUUAAGAUUACCCAGCUGCCUCGCUGCACACACACACACACACACUCGAGUGCUUGCACUCUGAGUGAAGCCUUAGUGGAAAAACCAUGUUCUAAUUCUGGGCCGAGAUGUGCUUGGCACAUGAAUGACAUUACACACUGAUGCCUGCCAACACACGCAUGGGGGUAAGGGCUUUCAUCUCAGUAAUUCUCUUGUUCUAAGGAGAUCAGCUCCAACUAUGGUGAGGUGAGUUUUUCCUGACUUGGAGGCUUGCCAGAGAAGGUGGAGAACGAAGUAGAUAGAACUCAGCUUCCCUCUCAGAGCCUGUGCCCGAAUCUUUAAUGUUCUCUGGGUGAAAGGUCCUGGGGAGAGCUUUGGGGCUCCCCCGAUGCCCAUCUCCAAUGCCAAUUCUUUGGUUUCUUCUUCUUGGCAGUAUUGAAGCUAGAACUCAGGGCCCCGAAUACUAAGCAAGCAUUCUUCUGGGGAGCCAUAUUCGCAGUCUUCGUUUGUCAGUCAGCUGGGUGACCUUGAAUAAGCUGCUGCUUACCCCACUGAGCCUCAGUUUUUUUCUAUGUGAGAGUGAUGUAAAACCUACCUCUGAGGUCAUAUAAUAAUAAGCACAGACGUGUGGAAAGUGCCUGACACAAAGUAGGUGCUCAAUAAAAGAGAGCUAUUGGAGUAAUA